AUGGCAAGGCAAGAAUCAUUGUUUUCCUCUUCCUCCUUUAGCUAUGGAUGGGAAUACGAUGUGUUUCUAAGCUUCAGAGGCGUAGAUGCUCGUCACGGUUUCACUGGCAAUCUCUACAAAGCUCUUUGUAGCAGGGGAAUCCACACCUUCAUUGAUGAUGAAGAGCUUGAAAGAGGAGAGGAAAUCACACCAUCACUUGUCAAGGCUAUUGAGGAAUCCAGGAUUGCCAUCAUUGUGCUCUCUACAAACUAUGCUUCUUCUUCAUUUUGCUUGGACGAACUUGUCCAUAUCCUUCACGGCAUCAAGCAAAAUGGUCGGCUGGUUCUGCCAAUUUUUUACAAGGUGGAUCCUUCUGAUGUGCGACAUCAGAGGGGUAGUUAUAGAGAAGCAUUGGAUAAUCAGGAAGUGAAGUUCAGGGCUAACAAAGAGACGUUCGAGGAUAACAUGAAGAGGUUGCAGAAAUGGAAGACGGCACUGCAGCAGGUAGCUAACUUGUCUGGCGAUCAUUUCGAAACAACUGGGUAUUUUUGA